AUGCGAGAGAGACUCCGAUUGGACGCCAGGCGGUCUCGGCAGAUGCCUCUCCCUGUGGUUGAGAGGCGCAGGGAGGAGGCUGUACCCUUGGCGUGGCGAGACGGAACGGUUUGUAAGAAUGACACUAACUUCUCCCUUCUGGUCCCCCCGCAGCUGUGGUUGACCUUGUCCGAGAAGCACCUCCAGGCUCGCGGCGUCGACUGGUCCCACGCCGAGAGGUUCUGUUUCAACGAGUGGUCCAACCCCGACGACGAUGAGCUGGGUGAUCAGAUCGUCAAGGACUUACACCGAACCGGCUGUUCACUGUUCUGUGGCGAGGAAGCAGAAGACAAUCAGGCCAUGCUGAAGCGCGUGCUGCUCGCGUAUGCUCGCUGGAACAAGGCGGUUGGUUACUGCCAAGGCUUCAAUAUGCUGGCAGCCAUUAUACUCGAGGUCAUGGAACGGCAGGAGUCUGAUGCUCUGAAGGUGAUGAUCUACCUGAUCGAGGGCGUCCUCCCCGAGUCCUACUUCGCCAACAACCUCAGGGGCCUCAGCGUCGACAUGGCCGUGUUCAGGGACCUCCUCCGCCUCCGCCUCCCUCACCUCUCGCGACACCUGGAGCACCUGCAACACGACGCUGCUGAUCUUGCCACGGGCACCAGCUACGAGCCACCUCUCACCAACGUCUUCACGAUGCAGUGGUUCCUCACGCUGUUUAGCAACUGCCUCCCGCGAGAGACCGUGAUGCGCGUGUGGGACCUGACGUUCCUGCAGGGGGACGAGGUCCUCCUCAGGGGGACGGUCUCCUUUCGCCAUUUGGGACGGUCUUGCAGUGCGCAUCCUGGACGUUCACUCGGCGGACGAAUUCUACACGGUCAUGGGCGUGCUCACGCAGGAGAUGCUGACCUACGGCCUCAUGGACGCCAACAAACUGUGGUAGGAAUGGCCCCGUUCCCGUUCCCCGGCCUUGCUGAAUUGCGAGACAAGUACACGUACAACAUCACGCCGUGGACCCAGUCGGUGUCGUCCGUGGCCAAGAGAGGACUCAGGCUCUUCUACUCGGACGACGACGACGACGACAAUGACGAGGACGACCAGAAGAUCGCGGUGGCCACGGCCUUUGGCCUCUCCGGCAUCUUCAGGAAAGGCAUGAAAGCCGCGGGCCUUCCCCGUGGGCGGUGGCAGCUCGGCCUCCCCCGGAGCCUUCGUGCCCCUUGGCUUUCCGUCGACUCGGCACACCCAUGAAAUCUCUCGUCCAAACUUAGACAUCUCGGCCCUAAAGAAGCAGUACGCGCGGCUCAGGGAGAGGCAGAAACAGGCUCAUAUCAUCCUCACGGGCGAGCAAGGCAGUGGCUUCUCUUUGGCAGCCUCGCAGCUCCGCGUCGGCUCCUCCCUGGGCGGCGGCGGGACGCAGCGCUCGACGCCGCUCGCCAUGAACCACCUCCUGCGGGGGAAGAAGGCGCUGACGUCCAA